GAAUCGCCCUACGGAUUACUUAACUGAGACCAAGGCACUCAUUUGAAUUGAGAGUGACAUCUUGAGCGAGCGGAAUCAAGAGGUAACUUACAGCGUUGAUAGGCACUACUAAGAUAUUGACCGCUCAUACAAUGGGCGAGGCAAACACAGAGUCCCUUAUCCCGUUCUCGGAAGCCACAAGAAUCGAACGGCUCGACUCACAUGUCUACCGGGCCCAUCUGAUCGACUCGUUCUGCAUCGGCACUGUUCCCAAUGGAGGCUACGUGGCAACCUGCCUACUCCAAGCGGCGGGCAUGCAUCUCGCGCAGCGAACAGGCCAAAAGGACGUGCUGAACGCGCACUUCCAGUUCCUGAACCGCACCGAGACGGGGCCAGCCAUCAUCGUCAUCGAGGAUGUCAAGCUGGGCCGGCAGCUAUCCACACUGCACGCGACGCUGUACCAGCACGCCCUCCUCCCGGAGGCGCCAUGGAUCACGGCGGGCUCGACGCGCAAAGAAGUGGCCGCGUACCUGACCAUGGCCGACCUGCGCAAAGAGCGCGGCCUGUCGCUGCCGACGUCGUUCAUCACUAGCCUGCAGCAGCAGCACCCCGUCGCGGCGGCGGCGCCCCCGCGGCCGGACUUUGCCGCGCUCAAGAGGGAAGACGGCGAUGCGCACUGGGCGCGCUACCGUUUCCCGCGCGGCAGUCCGCUGGCGCACUCGCGCUGCCUGCGCAACACGGUCUACUACGACCUCCGCGGCAGCGGCGGCGGCGGCGGCGGCGGAGGACAACAGCCCCCCGCCGCCAGGAGGAGGACGGUCAUCGACAAGUGGGUGCGUCUCGCGUCCGGGGAGCGGUUCACGUCCGCCUCGCUGGCCUUUGUGGCGGAUUGCUGGCCGUAUGUGGUUGAGGAGUGGCGGCCGACUGAGCAGGAGGCGGCGGAGGCGGCGGCAAGGAGCGGGGGGGAGGAGGAGGAGAGUGUUGCUGUUGUUGUCCCCUUUGCGCCGGACGCCAGGUUCUGGUACCCGACGGUGGUGCUCAACCUCGAGGUGAAGAAGGCGCUGCCGGAGGAAGGCGUGGAAUGGUUGCAGCUGCGGAUCCAGAGCAAGCAGAUCAAGCAGGGGCGGUUCGACCUCGAGGUGCUGAUACUGGAUGAGGAAGGAGAUCUGGUUGCGCUCAGUUACCACGUCAACUUGAUACUUGGGAGCGAGCGGAAUAUGGCGGAGAGGAGGAGGAGGAAAGAGCCGACGAGUCGCAUGUAGUGUAGUUAGUUCGGAACAGUUUCAACUAGGUGGGGGGACUCCUGUGAGUCAUGCCCGCCCUGAUUGAGUUUCCUUUCUCCCCC